AGCAGGGCAGAGUGACUGACGCUACAGUGCUUCUCAAACACUUAUGUUUAGUGUCAACUCUGGACUAAAACUCUAAUUUGGUUGGACCUACUUUAAAGCUUGCAUAGUGGAUGAAAUACUAGGUAAGGAGAGGCAAGCUGGAGGAGUUAUGGAGCCUCCCAGCAGCUCAGGGCUGGAUACCGUUAUUGUGCCCCAGUCUGAAGCUUCUGACCUGGUGGAGAGACAGGGGCUGACACACUCUCUCAGAGUGCAAGUGGAUGGAAGUGUUUUCACUGUAGACAGGGCAUUGCUGGCCCUGAAUUCGGAGUACUUUCGUGCUCUUUUUCGUUCUGGGAUGAGGGAAAGCCAUCAAGAUGAGCUCUAUUUGCAGGGAGGCCUGAGGGCAAGGGGUUUCCUCAUAGCUCUGGCUGUUGCAAGGGGUGAGCAGCCAAGCAUCAGGGACCCUGAUGAACUUGUGGAAGCUGUGGAGUGUGCUGCCUUCCUUCAAGUAGACACCUUGACGCAGUAUCUUAUAGACAUCAUAGACACAGACAACUGCUUCCUCCUGUACCAUACAGCAGCCAUGUUUGGCCUGUUGAGAUUGUUUCACAGCGCAGCAGUAUUUAUCCGUGAUUCCUAUCGGGAUCUGAAUGAAGCAGCACAGGUUCUGCCAGAAGAGAUGAUUCAUUACGUGGAGUCUCUCACACCUGCUUCUUUCAUUGCUAUGGGAACACAUUCGCCCUCAAUGAAAAUCCUGCAGGACUCCUCCAGGACCGUAUGGUACCUGAAAGAGGAGCAAGGAGUGUGGAAGUACCUGACUGACCUUCCCACAGAGGCCAGCACCUCCAUGGCAGGGGUGGCUGUGGUGGAGAACCGUCUGUAUGUGGUGGGAGGUGUGCGAGGGGUGAGCAUGGAGGCGGUGGACUUCAGUUACUGCUAUGACGCAGAGAGCAACUCCUGGAGUGUGUUUGAUGGACCUCAGCAGCCUAGAUACAACUUCACACUUGUGGGUCAUGAAGGACACUUGUAUGCCUUUGGUGGUGAAUAUGAUAAGAGAAUAAUGUCUUCCGCAGAGGUGUGUGACGUUUCGAAGCGCAAGUGGACUUUUGUGAAAAAUGCCCCAUGUCCCAUGGCAGGAGCAGCAAGUGCUGUGGCCCGAAGGAGGAUCUUUGUGUGUUUCUGGAAGCCACCUAAUACUACAGAUAUCUAUGAAUAUAUACCACUCAGGGAUGAGUGGAUCCUGACUACAACUAUGAUACAUUAUCAGAGUUAUGGCCACUGCAUGGUGGCGCAUGGUGACAAACUGUAUGUGAUGAGGAAUGGUCCUUGUGAUGACUUCUUACGCUGCCUAAUGGACUGCUACAACAUCACCACAGGCCAGUGGACAUCCAUGCCAGGGCAUUACAUCAACAGUCGUGGAGCCCUGUUUACAGCUAUGGUGAGAGGGGACUCAGUGUUCACAGUGAACCGCAAUCUGACACUGGAGUACCUGAUUUGUGGUGAUAACUGGAAACCACACAGACAGAUGAUGGGUUUUCCAAAGAGUGGAUCACUCUGGACAUGCAUGCUCAGACUUCCCAGGACCGAAAAUAAAGAGGAAGUUAUUACUAAAAAUCACCAACUGGAGACUGCUACUGAUGAUCAAAACAAAGAUGACAAUGUGUAGGUUAACUUAUGACAAUGUAAUAUUUUUAUAUUUGUAAGCAAGAUAUUUGUUAUUCUCUUAUAAUAUAUAAUGUAUUAAUACUGUGGUUAGAGAGGGCCACAACUUAUUCAAUUAUCAAGCCACUUUGGAUAUAAUUCAAGUGGACAAGAACAGGGAAAAUUGUUCAAGGUGUUCUAGGGAAAAUCUCUCCCUUUCUAUCACUACUUCGCUUACGCACAUGAACAGCACAUCCACUCUAGCAGUGGUUUUCAAAUGGCUGAUGCAGGUGUUGUUAAUCACUGGCAGCACCCUGUGGAUCUGUAGAUGGAUCUGGAGUUCAAAGACUUCUCACUUGGCUCCACUAAUUCUCUCCAUCCUCCUGUAUGUCUAUCCGCCUGACUACAGCAACCCACAGAGCAACAACACACUUAAACAGCACACCCUCUCUGCAUUUUGCACUUAGGAUGGGGAUUAAUACCUUGGUACUUAAAAUGAUUACAGCACCUAUAAAACCAGAAUUUAUUAGAGAUAUAUAGUAUCCCUAAUGGAAAUUUACAGUCAUUCAUAAGGUUUAUGUAGAAACAUGGGCAUGUCUUUUUUAUUAAACUAAGCGUUAGAAAUAAACUCAUUCGGCUGCUACAUAGGUUCAAGCACACACUAAAAAAACAGCAGAUAACACAAGCAGAAGUCACUGUUAUACAAAUAAAAUAUGACUAUAUAAAACAUUAUCAUGCAAUAUGCAAUAUAAUGUAUAACCCUGCAAAUGGUCAUUUUCUAUAGCCUGUAUAGUCUAAUAAAGUAAUUGUUUGGGUUGCUUUUAAACAUAACAGUUUACAGGUGAAAUACAGUGGAGUGCAAAACUUUGUAUCCCCCUUAGAUUAAAACUAAAUGCAGUUAUAAAGGCAAACGUUAGAGAAAGGUAGAUGCUUUUGAACUGAUACAAUUUUAUUUUUCUUCACUAAUAUUUCUUAACAUACACUCUUUCACCAUUUUUUCACAAUGCAGCAACAUAUAUGAAACCCAAAUCACACUAAAUAUCUUGUUUCCUAUAGAUUACAUUUGUUUUCUUCAUCUUUCUUAAGAGGAUGCAAACGUUUCCUGAACUGAAACUGAAAGCUGAAAAUAAACAUUCACACUCAUUAUCCAUCAAGACAGGUGUGUAACUGAAUCUGUCUAAGUGACUGAGCAACUUUCUGUUAUAAUGAUCAUAUGUUAUAAUUAUUGAGUGAUAUGCCUGCUGUAACAGAGGC